AUGACCAGUACCGAGAAGGAUAUUCGUCCGAUAGACGAGGAAAUUGCGCACAGCCCGUCCCCGGAGCCAAAGAAGUACCCAGGUAGGCGCACCCUCCAACCGCACAAUACAGUGCCUAACAGAUCAGUCAAAUGGUACCGUUCGACCUUCUACAAUGCCCUCAUCCUUGGAAUCUGUAACCUCCUCGCCCCGGGUAUCUGGGGAGCGAUGAACUCCCUCGGCGCCGGUGGAGCAGAGAAACCAUACCUGGUCAACACGGCCAACGCGCUGACUUUCUGCCUGAUGGUUGUCACCUGCUUCUUCGGGAGCGCGAUCGUCCGGCUCAUCGGCAUCAAAUGGACGCUGAUCGUCGGGACAAUGGGAUACGCUCCCUAUGCCGCGGGACUGUACACCAACAACCGAUACGGUACGGAGUGGUUCGUCCUGCUCGGCGCCGCGCUCUGCGGGCUCUCGGCGGGGAUCUUCUGGAUGGCGGAGGCGGCGAUCGCGCUCUCGUACCCGGAGCCACACAACCAGGGCCGCUUCCUUGGGUUCUGGCUGAGCUUCCGCGUCGGCGGCCAGAUCCUGGGCGGCGCGAUCAAUCUGGGCAUCAACUCCAGUCGCGCCCAGGCCGGCAGCGUGUCCUACACGGUGUAUCUGGUGUUCAUCGCGCUGCAAGCGCUGGGCCCCUUCGCGGGGCUCCUCCUCAGCCAGCCGGCGCAGGUGCAGCGGACGGACGGGAUCCCCGUGCGGCUGCACAUCUCGCACCGCCCGCUGUACGAGCUGCGCGCGAUGACGAAGCAGUUUCUCCGGCGCGACUUCCUGCUCAUCGUGCCGCUGAUCGUGCAGGCCGUCUUCACCGAGGCGAUCAUGUUCACGUUCCUGUCGCUGUGGUUCUCGGUGCGGGCGCGCGCGCUCGGCUCGUUCCUGUCGGGCAUCAUCGCGCUGCUGGUCGGGAAUCUGCUCGGGGCGUUUCUGGAUACGAGGCGGCUGUCGCUGCGGGCGCGCAGCCGCGGCGCCUUCAUCGUGAUCCUGGGACUGCAGGGCGCGUGGUGGGUGUGGGCCACGGUGAUCGUGACCGAGUACCACCGCACGCGGCCGACGUACGACUGGGUCGAUUCCGGGUUUGGACGCGGGUUCGCUCUGUAUCUAUUCUGGGUGGCUGGGUUCCAGUUGAACUACAUGUAUCUGUACUUUGUCGUGAGCAAUCUGGCUUCUAAUGAGGAGGAAGUGAUCCGGCUGGCCAGUCUGCUUCGAGGCACCGAGUCUGCCGCGCAGGCGGUAUCAUACGGCCUGGACAGCGUCCACAUCAUGGGUUCGGUGGGCAGCAGCUAUCUGAAUUUUGGAUUGUGGGCUAUCGCACUGCUGCCGGCGUGGCUGGUUGUCAAGGAGAUCGGCGUGUCGUUGGGCGACAAGAAGGUGGAGAGAGAAGCGCGCCAGCUGGAGAACAGGGGGGGAGAAGAGUGA